UUGUCACAUAAUUCUUUAUGUGCAGGUUAUUAUGCAGAUUACAAUACAAAAUAUUUUCAAAUAGCUACUUGCAUUCUCAACGGCAGUGCUCUGUUAGAUUGCGAAAGAUUGGACUAGACUGAUCCACAAAAUCAUUUGUUUGUACUCGACUGAAACUCGUGAAGAUGUUUUCCAGACUGUUACUUUUUUCAUGUAUUACACUUCCAUUAAUAUCCGCAGUUGAUGAUAAAUGUUUUCCGCGUGAUUUGACCAGCAUCACUGCCAGUAAAACAUGGAAACAUACAGGCGAUAAAGGACAUGGACCACAGUUUGCAUCUACCUUGGAAGAGGGUAUCAACAAACAAAUAAACUUUGAACUCUCUGCACAUUACACCUACUUGUCUUUAUCGUAUCAUUUUGAUUCAUACAAAAUUUACAUGCCUGGAUUUAGUAAAUUUUUCAAGAAAAUGGCAGAAGAAGAGCACGAGCAUGCGCAAAUGUUUAUGAAAUAUCAAAACAAACGUGGAGGAAAGAUCCGUUUGAAUAGCAUUCCUGCGCCAUGUCAUGAUGGAAGUUGGGGUAAUGGUACCCACGCUAUGAAACGAGCUCUUCACUUGGAGAAAACAAUCUACGACAUGCUGCUUAAGCUUCAUAAAUUACAAGACGCUCAAGAAAGUGAUCCACAGUUCCAAGACUUCAUCGAAUCGAACUUUCUGGGCGAACAAGUGGACAGUAUUAAGCAAUUGGCAAACUACGUUCAUAUUCUCCAACGGCUUGACAGCUCCUUGGGUGAAUACGAAUUUGACAAAUGGACCCUUGGUGGUGGCAAGGAUAGCAUUUCUUAAAUUUCCUGAACAACAAAUAUAAGCAUUUAAUAACUAUCUACUGUAAUAAACUCAUAUACUUUGUAUUUCUUAUUUGAAUCAUUUUUGAAAUAAUAUAAUUAAAAUGGGUGUGUCUUUAUAUCAUCUUGUAUAAGCACUGCAGUUGCUUUAUCUUUAACCGUGUAUUGAUUUAUUUAAUAAAAAAGGAAAGCUAAAA